UGCGGCUGCUCAACGGCCGCCGCCCCGGAGCUCGGUGUAGGCCCCGCAGCCCCCCCGCCGACCCCUACGUGUCGCCGCCGUCCGCUUACCAUGAGGCCGGUGAGCCGCCGCUGCCUGGACUGGGUUUAUUCCGUGCUGUUGCUUAUGGUCGUUCUGCUCUCGUGGGGAUCCGUCAUCUAUGCCUCCACCGUGGCCGCCCGGAGACAGCUGCACCAAGAAUUCCCGGACAAAAUCUUCGGAAUGAAGGAACUUCUCUAGUCUUACGGAUUUAUCAGUUCCCUGCCACUAUGGUUCUUUCUCUCAUGUUUAAUCUGAUGCCUGUGUAGAUUUAAAAAGUUUAUAAAUGCAGUUUCCAAAAU